GUUCAAACUUUCAUAGAAAUACAACUACUCCGUAUUAUUCAGUCAUUACGGAGGUGCUCAAAUAUAUUCUUUUCCAAGCUCGAUCGGAUUCCCAAAUCCUCUCCUCGCACUCAAAUCUUGAUUGGCUUUUGUUUUCAUUUUGUACUUUGAUUCCGUCUUCCUCGCUCCUGUGCGCUACAAAUAUUUUUCUAGGGUUUCACGUUUUCGAUCGGAGGUAUGGAUUGGGGCAACGUGACUACGGAUGAUCUGAUCGAGGCGCUCCGGGAGGUUGACUGGUCGUCUCCACCGCGUCCCAUCUCGGAGUUCUUCUCCCGAUUCACUUUCCCCCGCUCUUAUGCGAAAUGGAACAGCCGCCUCAAGUGCAAUCUCUACUACUACCGGACAAAUUAUUUCCUGAUGAUUGUUUUCAUUCUUGGAAUGGGAUUUCUUAGGAGGCCACUCGCUAUUGUUGCUGCACUUUUGACAGCUCUAAGCAUUGCUUUUCUGAAUGACAGCUUUGCAGGUACUUUUAAUGAAAAGGUGACGAGAACUGUCAGGCAGUUUUCUCCUCAUUUGGCCGCUAAAAUGAGGCCUCCCCUUACACCUGUUAUUCGAGGGCGCCCAUCAGCAAAGCGAGCAAUAUAUAUAUGUGGACGACCCCGAUGGGUGUUUGUUUUGGUAUUCUCUACAGUGAGUUUGCUGCUUUGGUUUGUCUCCUGUGGGCUUCUAAUGGUUUCAUGGUCACUAGCUAUUGGCCUUCUCGCCACAAUUGCUCAUGCAAGCUUCCGAACACCCAACGUGAAGGCUCGUUUAAACACAUUUCGUGAAGAAUUCCGAACAGUCUGGCGCAAUUACAGUGAGCUGUAGCCUUUCUGAAGUUUAUUUCAUGUCAGUUACUAUUAUCCAUUCUAUCUUUCUUGUUUUGGUUGAGUAAAAUUUCCACCUGCAAUUUGUAGAGGAAACUUUUAUCAUUGGUAUAAACAUGUUGCUGCUUCACACAUUACGUUCCUGCAUUUGAUUAUCAUGGUUCCAUUUUCUUAGUUAGGCAAAAAUCUGUAUUGUUGUACAAUAGAAAAUAUUUCGUUUUGGUCCCUUGACUAUUAGGCCAGCCAUUCCCUCUUCUCUUCACUUACAUUUUUGUACUUUGGGUGCAUGACUAUAGAUUUCUUGUCCCUUUUGGCUCCUCCGGCCAAUUUUUCGUACAAUUUCAGGUUUGCUGGAAAGUGACCAGAAAGGACCAAGAGCGGCUAGAACAAAAAAGCUAGGAGAUUCCCACUUUGACACCAUGGUAUCUCACACACACAGACAAUAAUUGUCUAUGCAAAAACUAUCUUGUGUGUCUGUGAGACGACACUGUGGUGUCAAAUGUGAGGUUUUUCUAACAUGGCUUGUGGCAAGAAUCAAUAGUUGUACACCGAAGUGGAAAAAUGAAAGUUACUGACCAAAAGCGAGGAUGUCAUAGUAUUUGUGGGGUCCAAAAUGAAGUAUUUUUUUUCUCUUAUAUUCUUAUCCACAGCCGUGGGUAGACAUUUAUUCAGCGUACCGGAAAUUGUGUAUAAUAAUAUGGAGUUGAUAAU